AUGAUUAGUAAAAAUAAAACAACCGAUCCCAUGGACCCAGUAAUACCACUGCCAUCUAAUAGGCUUGAAAAAAUGGAAAGGAUUAAGAAAGGACCUUAUCAGCCAAUGAAUAUACAAUUUCCUCGAAAAACAGUAGAUGAUACAACUGACGUAGGUCAUCAUGAACAGAUGUCUGUGGUUGUACGAUAUUUUGAUAUACACUUAUUUAUGCCAGUUGAACGUUUUAUUUGUCUUAAGCGACUAUUAAGUGUUAAUUCUAAUGCCAUAUUUGCAGUGUUGUCAGAAAUCAUGUCAAACUAUAAUCUUAAUUGGGAUGAUGUGGUGUCUGUAUGUUUUGAUGGUGCUUCCACGAUGUCAGGAUGUAUUUCGGGAGUUCAAACUAAAUGUAAAGAAGAAAAUUCAAGAAUCAUGUAUGUGCACUGUUAUGCUCACUGCCUCAACCUGGUUUUAGUAGAUGCUUGUACUACUAGGAGAAAUAUACCAAUGAUAUUUGAUUUUUUUGGAGUUGUUCAAUUGUGUUAUUCAUUUAUUGAAGGUAGCGCGGUACGUCAUGCUAUUUUAGAAAAAAUAUCAAAAGAUACUAACAUGCAAUUGAAAACAUUGAAAUCGUUAUCUACUACAAGAUGGGCAUGUAGAGCAGAAGCCGUUGCAGCACUAAAGCAUAAUUACUUAGUUCUUAUCCCAGCAAUAGAAGAAAUAAUUUCUUCUACUUCAGCUACUGAUGUAUGUGCAAAAGGACGUGGUCUUCUAUUUCAAAUAAAGAGUUUUAAUUUUAUAUUAGGAUUAGAAAUUAUGCAACCAGUUUUACAAUUGAUAAAUAAAGUUAGUAAAAUGCUUCAAAAAGAAAAUUAUGAUUUACUUUCAGCUAUGGCAAAUGUAAAAGCUCUUCGUUUAGCAUUAUUAGAUAUGAGAACAGAAGUAUAUUUUAAAAAAAUAUUUGAUACAAGUGUAUCUAUAUGUAAAGAAUUGGAUGUUCCAAUUCCAUUAAUUAAUAAAAGAAAAAUCUCUUCUCACAUAGACAGUAACAAAACACAAUUUGUUCAAGAAACUAAAGAAUCAGAACUAAGAAUAUCAGCCUUUUAUCCAAUGAUAGACGUCAUGGUUCAUAGUAUUGAUGAACGAUUUAGCCAGGACACUAUGCAAGCUAUAAAUGCAGUUGAUAGUUUACUAAAUAUGGAUAUAUCGCAAACUGACCUAUAUUUUCUAUCUAAAAUGUUUCAAUGUGAUAGUGAAAAACUAGAAGUAGAAGUAAUGCUAUUAAAAAAUAAUUCUACGAUUCCAAAUAAAGACAGCUUAAGUAAUAAAAGUAAAAUCCACGAAUGGUUAAUUUGGUUGAAGUCUAAUGAUCAUUAUAAAUACUUCAACCAAUUUUUUAAUGUCAUUCAAAAGUUUGUAGUGAUCCCAGUAACAAGUUGUACUUGUGAGAGGUCUUUCUCUAAAUUAACCCUAGUCAAAUCCAAAUUAAGCUCUACCAUGAAGCAAGAGAGAUUGAAUGCUUUGAUGGUAUUGACAGUAGAACAGGAAAUGGCAGUAAAUGUUGAUGCUGAUGCUGUUAUAGACGAUUUUAAAAUAGCGGUAGAUUUUAAUAGACGAAUCAGUACUCAUUUAUGGGACCAAAAUGAAAUCGGAAAAUUGAGAUUAACUACAGCUGAUAGAGCACAAUUGGCAGAUAAGUUAUCUAUGGGCGUUCCAAUUCAAAGAGUGUUAAAUGAUGUUCGAGAUUCUGUGGAAGGAACGACAUUGAAGCGUUUACAUUUAAUAGAAAAACGAGACUUUGUUCAAUUAUGGGCAGAACAGUUAGCAAAAGGUAGUAAUAAUCCAGUUUUGUAUUUUAAACACCAAGGGCAAGAUGAUGCAACUCAUUUAGGAAAAGAUGAUUUUUGUAUCAUUAUUAUGACUGAUUUCCAAGCCGAAAUGCUGGUCAAAUUUGGAAAUGACAAAAUCUGUGUUAAUGGGACCCAUGGUUUGAACAUUUACAGUUUUCAGCUGUACACGUUACUUGUUGUAGAUGAAUAUGAGAUUAUAAUUGGUAUGCACAAUCGAGCUGGGGCUUUAAAUGAAGAAUGUCAAAAACAUAUUUUAAAACAUUGUAAUAAAAUUAUUGAAUUACUUACAAAUGAGUCAAAACCUAUGCCAACAGAUAAGAAUACAGUUAACAUAAAAAAAAAUAUUGAAAAACAACCACGUUUCUUCACUAAGAAUAAAAAUAAUAAGCAUGAAUUUCCUCAAUUGUCUUCGAGUGAAGCUGAAAGUGUUAUUUUAUUGACUGUAUUAGAUUUAUCUAUUUGUUUAAAUUCCCUUACUGCCCGUUCUCCAAUUCUACAAAUUUGGAUUACACUGUUACUUGCCUUGACUAAGCCACCUCGAUUUUUUCUGUCUAAAAGUUGUUGUUAA